AUGACAGCCCCAGCGCAUUUUCGCCCGCGCCCAGAUUUUCGGGAAGCUGCCCUCCGGCGCACAUACACAGCCGCCCUAACUCACUGGCCAAAGGACCCCCUCCGCCCGACCUGCCAGCUCCAGGACGUCCUCUCGAAGCGCUUGUCCGAGUCCAACAAGUUCCCCGGCAGCGAUAAAAACCCGGCAGCCCAAGUUAACGCCUUCGUCUCCCUCCUGGGAAACAGGUACCUGAAGAAGUACCCGACCUCCCCGGCCCCCGAGUCCGCCACGGGAGGGAUGCUCUCCCCGCGGAGCAACCCGACCUACUACGAGGACCUGAUGCGGGACCUGGACGCGGCGCCGACGAGGUCGUGGGCCGAGAGGGUUGGGUUGAGGUUGAAGGGGAUGUUUAGGUGGCAGUGA